GCCGGGGUCCUUUUAUGUAGGGAAAAGAACUGAGGCGAUGUGGUAAAUGCUGACAGCAUUCGUCAUUUGUGUGCCUUAUUUCCUGUGUUUACAGCAACAAUGUCUUCAGCUCAGUCUCUGAGAGAGUUUAUCAGGGAGCGACUGACCGCAGCUGCUGAAGAAAUAUUCACAGAGGUUGAUAAAACCAUCGUCCAUUAUGAGGAAGAGCUGGAUCGUCAGCGCAGACUGCUGGAAAUCUGCUGGAAACCCCAAAUAAAGCUGCAGAGAAUAGAUCUCCCACAGCAAUAUGUUUGGAUGAAAGAUGUGAAUCUCACUGACCAGCAGUUCUAUAACCAGGAGAGGAACUCUGGCUUGGACCAAGAGGAACCAGAUCCUCUAAAAGAAAACCAGAAAGAUCUAGAACGUCAGCAAAUGAAAGAACAGGGACAGAUGGAACCACUGAAGAUGAAAGAGGAACAGAGUGAACUAGAACCUCAACAGAUGCCAGAGCGACAUUGUGAACUAGAAACUCUUUAUGUCAAAGAGGAACAGGAGGAACCAGAACCACCACUAACGAAGAAAGAGCAGGAGGAACCAGAACAACCACAGAUAAAAGAAGAACAGGAGGAAAUCAGUUUGGAGGAAGAACAUCUUGAACUGAAGCUGGAGACUGUAAAUCCUUCUUAUGAUGAAAGAGAUCACAGGGAAUCAGAACUAUCGAGGGACCAACUCUUCAUUCAGAUCGCACCUGAACCCGAGAACCAAAACCAGGAAAGGAGCAAUCAUGAAGACCCAGGAUCUAGUAGAGAUGAAGAACAGAAACAAAGUAAAAGUUGUCAGAAAAUUAGGCGUCACAGUGAAAAUUUAGACAAUCCAAAAGAAAAAAGGCAAAAGAAAACACACAUAAAUAGAAAUUUGACAUCUUGUAAAGUAUGUGGUAAAGUUUUAGCUCAAACUUGCAUUACCUGGCACAUGAAACUUCAUACAGAUAAGACACCUUUCUCAUGUCUGACCUGUGGAAAAUUUUUCAGUAAAAAAAAUCAUUUGUCUGUUCACAUGAGAACGCACACAGAUGAGAAGCCUUUCUCAUGCAUGACUUGUGGAAAAAGUUUCAGGGAAAGAGGAAAGUUGUCUCGUCACAAUAGAACUCACACUGGUGAGAAGCCUUUCUCAUGCAUGACUUGUGGAAAAAGUUUCAGUCAAAGAAGUUAUUUGUCUGUUCACAUGAGAACUCAUACAGGGGAGAAGCCUUUCUUAUGUACUAUCUGUGGAAAAGGUUUUACUGUGAAACAUGUCUUACAGAAUCACAUGAGAACUCAUACAGGGGAGAAGCCGUUCUCAUGUUUGAAAUGUGGAAAAGUAUUCAGGGAAAGAGGAAAGUUGUCUUGUCACAAUAGAACUCACACUGGUGAGAAGCCUUUCUCAUGCAUGACUUGUGGAAAAAGUUUCAGCCAAAGAAGUUAUUUGUCUGUUCACAUGAGAACUCAUACAGGGGAGAAGCCUUACUUAUGUACUAUCUGUGGAAAAGGUUUUACUGUGAAACAUGUCUUAAAGAGUCACAUGAGAACUCAUACAGGGGAGAAGCCUUUCUUCUGCACUGUCUGUGGAAAACGCUUUUCCUUCCAAUGUGAUUUAAAGAGUCACAUGAGAACUCACACAGGAGAGAAGCCAUUCUCAUGUUUAAUUUGUGGAAAAGGUUUCAGUGUCAAAGGAAGAUUAUCUCGUCACAAUAGAACUCAUAGGUGAAAAGCCUUUCUCAUAUUUGAUUUGUGAACAAAGUUUCAAUGAAAAAGCAAAGUCAUUUCAUCACAAUAGAACUUAUACAAGGUGAGAAGCCUUUCUCAUGUAUGACAUGUGGUAAACGUUUCUUUAAAAGUCAUUUGAACAUUUAAAAAAAAUCACUUCAGAUGAGAAGUUGGUUACAUGUGAAGAUCUGGUCAGGGAUUAGAAAAAGGGAGAAAAGGGAGACAUUUUCAAACUAUGUUGUCUUUGGACUUGCGUUCUUACUUUGUUUAUCCUCUACUUUUUCUACUCAAAUGUGCUGGUCUUAAGUUAAAUUUUCUCUUCCUGCUUUUUGUACGCUGGCCCGGCUCGUAUUCAAACUGCAAGCGAAUUGCUCCGGGGUCCAUGGAAACUGCAGAGAAUGGCAGUUGUUUCCAUGCCAGGAUACGGUUUUCUGGUCCAUUUGAGGGUCUGAGAUGAGUUCACACAGUCUUGAUCCACUCCAGAAACCAGACUCUGUACAAAAGCGUUCCAAAGCAGUGUGAAAGCAACGUUAAACACCAGGGAGAACUAUUUGACUGAAAAUCAAUACAAGCAAUACAUAUUACUGUUAGCUGUUAAAUAAUAUAAAAAAUACUGAAGCAUUACAGUUUGUUUAUACAUUUAUGAAUUUUGAUUAUUUGACUAUGAAUAUCAAAAAUCCUAAUUAAACAAUCAUAGUCAAUAAUUCCCAACCAAUAUCAUCCACAAAAUGUAGUCAGAAUAUUCACUAGCUGUUUGCCUCGUGGUUUGGACAAUAAAAUAGUAAUGCACGGGUAACCCA